AUGGCGGCUUUACUAUUUUUAUUAAGCUUGAUUCCUGCCUUUGCAUACAUAAAAGAAGGAGAGUUAUAUGAACUUAUAGGGCCAUCAAUAGAAGAUUUUCAAAAGGAAUUCCAUGGCGAGCUGAGAGUCAUUUGUUUUUAUGUCCCAUUCAGCUCAGAAUACACAAGAUUUUCAUCAGCCUACUUCCACGCUGCAAAAGAGCUUGCAAAGCAAAAACUUCCAUUAAAACUUGCAAAAAUUGAUGCCACAAACCCUAAAAAUGCUGAAUAUAUUAAGAAAUAUGAUGUUGGAGGGUACCCAGCAAUUGUAUAUUUCCCAGCUGAAAUUGACGAAUUUUAUCAUUAUGCUGGAGAUAGAAGAAAAGAAGCCUUUAUUGCAUCAUUUAAAGAAAAAACAUUGAAAUUGAGAGAAUUUGCAGAUACUGAUGCAUUUGAUAAAUAUAUGUCAGAAAAUGGACUCCAUGGGCUCGUGCUAGGAGUUUUCCAAGAAUUCAGUGGCACAAAAUAUGAGGUCUUCAGAGAGGCUGCAAAAAAUUUAGUUCAUAUCUAUCCUUUUGCUAUUGUUAAGGAUAAAGGUGAAUGGUUUGCUAAAUUUGAUAUCAGUGAAGAAGGAAUUUUGAUUCUUCGUGCUCAGUUUUUGAUUGGCCCCAAAGACAGGGCAGCUAUAGCUAAUCAUAAGCUUGAAAAUUCUACUACGAUUGAAGAAUGGGUCAAGCAUAAUUACCAUCCCCAUAUUUCAUAUUUCACAAAAGAAACCAAAGCCAGCUUCGACCAAUCCCAAGCUCCAUUCGUGAUGUUUUUGUUCAACCUAGACCCUGCUCAUCCUGAAGAAAUAAAGCAAAACCUUUUGAAUUUCCAUGAGUCAGCCAAUCCUUACUACAAUGCAAAUUUCAAGGACAGAAGAUUUUUAUUUGUAUUGGCAGAUAAAAAAGAAUUUAAUAAAGGAUUAGAACCUAUUGACUUAGAUAAAGAUAAAGCUAUUAUGCUGACUGUCAUGAGAAACGAUAGAUUUGUACUGACUCCCCCCCCUUUAAAUUUGGAACUAAAAAUUUUGUUCCAAUUUAAAGGGGGGUUAAUUUUUUUUUUAAAAACAAAUAUGAAUAUAAAAUGUUUUAUAAAAAAUAUAAAAAUUUCAACAAAAAAAAAUUUCAAAAACUUAUCGAAUUAGAUUAAUAAAUUUGUUUAAUAAAACGCUAUUUACUCUUUAUCCUUUAAAACAAAGCAAGAUAUAACUAAAUUUUUAUUAUUAGUUAAUACGCCACUAUUAAUUGGUAUCAAAACUAUUUACACAAAAAUUUUUUAUUUUUAUUGAUAAAACAAAUUUUGGAAAAUUUAUCGAUCAAAGUGCUAAUUUUGUUUAAAUAAGAUGUUAUUUAUACUCUAUUCUUUAAAAUAAAGCAAGAAAUAAGUAAAUUUUGAAAUUUUAUAAAGAAUUCCUAUUGAAUUUAUAUCAAAACUAUCUAAAUAAAAAAUAUCAUUUUUAUCAAAAACAAAAAAAUUUUUUUUGAAAAUUUUUAAAAAACAAAAUUAAUUUUUUUUUUUAAAAUUUACCAAUUAAGGAUAAUCAAUUUAUUUAAAUAAGAUACUCUUUAUACUUUUUUCUUUAAAAAAGAGCAAGAUAUAAAUAAAUUUUUAAUUUUAGUUAAGAAGAAACAUUUAACUUAUAUCAAAACUUUUUUAGAUAAAAAUUAUAUAUAAUUUUUUAUUAUAAAAUUAAAUUUUGUUCCAAUUUAAAGGGGGGUUUAAUUUACCAAAAAAGUGGAAAUUUUACCGAUAUUUUGUUCCAAUUUAAAGGGGGGGGAGUGAGAGAGUAUGAAAUAUUCAACGAUAAUGGAAAAUUCUUGAAAUUAAAUGUAGAUGCAUAUAUUAAAGGACUCGAAACAAAUUCACUUAUUCCUUAUGUUAAAAGUGAAACUACAGAUGUAAAGAGCGAAAACGGGAUAAAAAUCCUAGUUGGAGGCGAAUUUGAAGAUAAAGUUGUGAAUUCUGAACUUAACCAAAUUAUUUUUACUUACUCUAAAAAUGAUAGACUGACUCAACCUACUUUGCAAAUAUUAGAAGAUGUAGCUUUUCACUAUAAAGAUGACCAUACCCUUGAAUUCUUAAAAAUUGAUGCGGACCUCAAUGAGCUUAAAGGAGAGUACAAUAAGCCGCAUCUUCCUAACAUUUUUCUUGCCCACAAAGAGAAUAAGCGGGUCCCGAACAGGUUUGUGGAUGCAGACAUAACAAAGGAAAAACUUAUCAAGUUUAUUGAAGAUGAGCUUACUCCUAAAAAAGAAGAUCUCUAG